UUUUCCAUUUGCUAAUAAGGCCCUGCCAGGGUGGGAGGAAAUUUUCCCUGCCUUACUCUGAAGAGAGAAGCCAUUGAGAGGAUCCACAGGCACCAUGCAACUGCUUCAAGUGACCACUCUCUUUCUUCUGUUCAGUCUUUGCAGCUGUGAAGUCAGCACAGGUACAUCUACUAAUACAUCAUCAACAACAACUUCUGUACCAAUCACCACUGUAGUAACAAGAAACUCAACGUUAUCAACAACUACUGAUAUAUUAAAAACAACUCCUAAAGGAGCAAACAACAAUGAAUCAUUAAAUACAUCUCCGGUGCCAGCAACUGUUGCUUCAUCAACACCAGUUAAAAAUGAAGAAACCCCACCCCAGAAUGUCACAAGCAGUGAAUUCAUCAGUAAAAAAGGAACAGUGACAAGCCUUCCACUUUCAAAUGUUAUUUCAACAACACAAAGUUCUCAACAUAAAACUGAGAAUCAGAGUUCAAUCGAAACAUCAGAAAUGCCAGAUACAUCACCUUCUAAAACCACUACAGUAUCCUCAACAUUAAUAACAUCUCCAAGAUACAUCUCCCCACAAGGCACUGAGGAUGAAAAAUAUGCAAACCCUUCACCAACCAGUUCUUCUUAUUCCAGUAUUAUUUUGCCAGUGGUCAUUGCUUUGAUUGUUCUAACACUUUCAGUAUUUGUUCUGGUGGGUUUGUAUCGAAUGUUCUGGAAGACAGACCCAGGGACACCAGAAAAUGGGAAUGAUCAACCUCAGUCUGAUAAAGAGAGUGUGAAGCUGCUCACUGUUAAGACCAUUUCUAAUGAGUCUGGUGAACACUCUGCACAAGGAAAAAGCAAGAACUGACAGCUUGAUGAAUCCUCCUUACACCUGGGCAAUAAAUAUGCUUAAUCUUCAGCUUCUAUGCUCCAGAGGUGGAAAGGGAGAAAGUUCUGCAGAAUCACUCCUGACCUCCGGUCUUGCUCUCCAGUCUGUAUCAGUUGCCUGUCACGCAAUAAUUUGAUAGAAACAAGAAUUCUGGACCUCUCUUGUCCUUUGAGAUGUAGAAAACCAUAUUCCUUCAAUUUAUGAGACAUUUGUAGGAGAGCAAAAUUUAGGAGGGACUUUUGUGUGCAGUGAACCUGGCAGCCCGGGUAGGUGGCUCCCUGAGGAUAUGUCCUUCCCUGAAAUUUAAAGUUUCCAGAGGGUGACAGUUUUUAUUCUUGGAAACUUUCCUACUUUCUUAAUGUUCUUAUAUGACUUAGUGUUUGUAUUUAUUGUUUUCUACUGUGUUUAUGCAGGGAAUAUUUGCAAGUGUCUUAUUAAAUAUUAGGUAGAAAUCAUACCAUGCUACCUUGUACAGAUAGGUAUUUUAUUCAUAUUUUGAGAUAUUACUUUUAAUAAAUAAUUGCUGCAACUCAACACACUAAAAAAUCACAUAAAAAUGGUAAUGAUAUUGUCCUUCUACAAUUAUGAAUAAUUUUGGAUUGAUUUCUUUAAUAGAAAAACUCAUUAGAAUUUCAGAAAGGCAUCUAUAAUAACCCGAGAAAGGGACAGAGAAUUCAUGUGUCAGACACUGCCUGGGAGAGAGAAGUUUGCCAUUUCUUUGGUCUUUCUGUUUGAAUGCACACUAUGUGACAAGGAUAUAAGGGCAUUUAUGACAUGCUGUCUUGCAUUAAUUAAGAAUAUAACAGGAUCAAGAUAUUUUUCAUUAAUCUACUUGGUUGAUAAUAUUUCUGUAUUUUUUUUAUUUCUUUUAUAAAUGUAAAGAUUUAUUCUGCGAUCAUUGCUAAAACUCUGCUUUGUAGAAAGCUGUCACAUAAAUACAUAAUUGGGAUAUUAUUUUUCAGGGUAUCACUUUCUUAAAAAUCCCCAUAUGACUUUAGCUGCCUCCCCAUCAGGAGCAAACCCUUCUGUUGAAAGCUGACUGAUCGACCUUGACCAUUUCCUGGACACAUCAGAUCAAAAUGUCAAGUUGGAUGAGGUUCUGUGAAAAGCUUUGGAACUAACAAGCUGCAGUUGUCAGCUUUUCACAUCUAUGAUUUCUUAAGCUGAUGUCAAUGUUAAAUUAUCUUAAUGAUCCGAGGGCAAUAUGGUAGAGAUGGAAUGCCAUGUAUAAAACUGCCUUGAACUUUUUUCUUUGUUGCAAUGUAUUUGAAAACUUUGCACUCUAGGGAUUGUAUAAUCAUCUUGAUUUUUAGCUCCCUGAUAUUUGAACUAUUUCCAAUCAAGGACACCAGGGAAGCAUAUCUAUAUUUCUGGUGGAUUUCUCUUUAUGUUUCUGUGAGAAGGAAGGGGACUAGAUAAUAAGAUGAGAAGGAACAGAGGAAAGAUCUCCAUUCCAUGUGCUUUUACUUAAGGCUGCCUUGUACAUGUCUAAUUCUAACUUAGGAAUCUCUAAAGGAGUGACACAUUUAGAGACUUCACAGUCACGGAGUGUUUGUCUUCACAUGGAAAAUAACCCAAUGUCCAUAGACUGCUCCAGUGAGCACCCCAGCAAAAGCCUGUCACAACAGAACAUCUUACAAGGAAGCAUUCUCUUCUACAGUUUAAAUUACCACAAGUGAUACGACUUCUAAAAAAAAAAAAAAAAAAAAAAAAAAAAAACAUUUUCUAACUUU